AUGUCUGUCGAUCGUGAGCUCUUUGGAGGCGCUAUCAUUGCGAAGACGGCCCUUGAUCUUACCGAUGCGUCCGACUUGCGUCAAGUACCAGACAACCAGGAGGUGUUUAUGUACCCCAAUUUUAAUAUCAGCAUUGUCGUAGAGAUCCUACAAAAAGUGGAUCAUUCCCACUUUAAUGACGCAAUACGAUUCCACUUUGACUCUUUAGCGCAUGACAAUUCGGCACGCUCUUCUGAAGUUCAAAGUGUAUCUGUCAUUCCUAAUGACAGAGGUGACGAAACACCAUCGGUCGCCGUUUUAAAAGGAGUCCAAUACAUCCCCAAAUUCAACCACACCACUCCCGACAAAGUCGAGAUCUUGAUGGGACUGUACCGUGUAGAGUCAAAAGGCAUAGAUCUGGUGGUUACUUUCAAUGUUCCACUUGAGACGGUCGAUGGAGGAGCGGUCGACAGCGGCGGCCUUCAAAAGGCGGAAGCUGACUUCGACACGUUCGUCCGUUCGUUGCGUAUACUGGACUUCGACCUGUUCGCUUAA